UCUAUCUAUGCUUAGUAUUUAUAAUUUGUGUUGUCAACAAUUAUAUUCAGAUACUUUUGAGCGAGACCAAGAAAAGUUAAAGAUGGCUGAAAAUAUUUCUGACAUAAAUACUGAGGAUGAAGAUUAUAUGAAAAAAACACGGCAUGAUAGAGCUGCUGCAAAAAAUUUAACUUCUGACGAUGAAUCUGUCGAUAUAGAAGUGAAUUCUUGUUCAUUGUCUCCUUUACCAGAUCCGAAAGAAUUUUCUGAAUCUCAAAAAUUAUGUUAUUCGGAAAAACCUGCAUUGAUUUUGGCAACCUAUGAAAAUCCGAUCAUUUCCGAAAAAGACAACAUCGUUAUAACUGAAAAGAAAAAAUUGAAGAUAAUUUGACAAGAAGUGAUUGCUAAACCUAAGAAAAAAGAAUUAGAAAAUAAAAAUCAAAAAGAUUUUAUCACUGAAGAUAAUGAAGAUUUUAACACCGAAAAUCAUUCCAUCAAUAAAUGUAACAAAGAGUUAACAACACAUCUAAAUGAAAUUAAUGGAAAUAAAUCUCAAAAAGUGUUCAUGGAAAUUUUGAGAAAAGUAAAUCGCGUCUUAGUUGAAAUGACAUACAUCGAUAGAAGGCUAAGUAGAUUAGAAAAUAAAAUAGACUAUAUUACAAAUAAAGAAAUUAAUGUAAAUAACGUCGAAGAAGCUUUCGUUUUCGACACUAUUUCUUCAGUGGAUGAGCUGAAAUUGUUUGAAGACAAUUUGAAAAAUGAAGAAUUUUUUACGAAAAUGAAAGGCUUCUUGAAAUUGAAAGGCGGAACAAAUCUACAAGACAUGAUAAAAAAUACAUUUAAAGCAUUAAUGAAGGACGAAAUAUUAAUGUUAUAUAGUUGGAAAGGAGCUCGAGGAAAAAAUGUAUUCCAAAAUUUCAAAAUUGUUAGUUUAAUCAUAGCUGUUGUUCGGUUACACAAUGCAAAUUCAACCGAGGAAGUUAUAAUAAAAGUUAUGACAAACUGGAUAGUUCAAGCUCCUGCACGUGUUCGAAGAAUAGCAAACAAACAAAAAAACCAAAAUAAUCAGGAUGAUCCUGAUCAUCUUGAUCAAGUUCAAGUUCCACAUGUUCAAGAAGAAAAUAUUAAUAUGUAAGAAAAUCUACGUACGUUAUAUCAUCAUAGAUUCGUCUUUUUUAUUUAUUGAUAUUCUGGUAUUUUUCUUUAUUUACUAUAACG